AGCUGUAGACCACUUUUCAAGAAGAGCCUGAAACAUCUCAAACGAUUCAGCAAGCAACCUGCCUGCCCGAAAGCAUCCACUCCUUCAAGGUAAUUAUGCAUAUACCAGCUCAAAAUGAACCCAAGUGUUAGAGAGUUCUGGUUCCAGUCCGGUCCGGCCAAAAAACAGGAGACACUCCACUCUUCAAGAACUGAGAAAAUAAAGGAUCUCCGGACUACUGUGAUGAGGGAACCAGUGUAUCUGAUUGAGGCGACUCACCAAAGAUUGCACAAUUCAACCGCCCUCGGUUAUGUCCAGUCUGACCCAGCAGUUUCUACAGUGAUGAUGGAGGAACCAGUGUGUCGGAUUAAGAAUGACAUCGCUCGUGUGUUUGGGCCCCUGGAGGAGGCUUUGAGUCAUGGAUCCUAUAUUCACCCAGGGGGUUACAAAGACUUCCAUGACAACCUACAGGAGCUAACCAAGCAAUACAGAACAGAGAGAGGCAGGGGAGUUAUGAGUGAGGAACUAUUGAGAGAAUAUCUGGAUGAGAAGGCUAGAGUGGGGAACACUAUCCUCUUGGUCGACCAGACUCUCAGCAAAGAAGAACACAAGAGUGAAGUGGAGAGGGUGAAGAAGGAGGCAGCAGAACAGGCUCGGAGAGCGGCAGAAGAGCAGAUUCAGAUUCAGCAACAGCUGAUGGAAAAGAUUGAGAAAGAACGAGAGAUCACCAAACAGGAAUUUAAACAAGUGCUGGAGGCCAGAUUUAAGGAGCUGAAGGAGCGAACGGAUAAAGGCUUUAAGGAAAUAGGAGAAUACCUGGAGAAAAAACAAAACGCCAUUCAAAGUAACGAUAAUCCACCUCCUCAAAAUAAUGUCUCCAAAAUGUUGGAUGGAGUUGGGACUAUUUGUUCCUUUGUUCCUGGCGUUGGCACUGCGAUUGGGGGCGGUCUUAUCGCCAGUGCCAAAGCUUUAGACUACGCUUCAGAACUCGUAAAGUAACUGUCAGAUUUUUAUAAAAUAUUAUUACCUAUUAUGAAUAAAAAUAGGAGGGAAAUAUUUUCCUUAAAAAAGAAAAGAAAAAGGUCAUGAGGUUUGUUUUCUGUGUUGGACUGGUGUGGGUCUGUACAGAAACAGAAGGGUGUUAGUGUAUACCAGUCAUUGUAUAUAUUCAUGCAAGUAGACCACUGAUUGGCCAGCUUUGCUAAUGAUGCAGGAUGGCAUCAUUCUCUAUGAGGAAAUAGAGCACAUUUUUUAAACUAGGUUAGAGAUACAAAGUUUGACGUUGUUUAAAAAAUAUUAAAAACUCAAAUUUAUGAUUUGGCCACAAUUACGAGUAUUGGAAGAGUCAACAACAGUAUUUCGGUAUGAGCUAACAGAAUAUGUACGAUUUCCACUGGACAGUUACUUUAAAUGGGGCAACAGCCAAAAUGCAUACUGUACUUUGUAAUGGAAACAAAUAAGCGGCACUUGGCCAGCUGAAAGCCAGGCUCCUCAGGAUGUUAUUGGCUAGCUGAAGGCCAGCUGAAGGCCAGGCAUCUCAGGAUGUUCUUGGCUAGCUGAAG